ACACCACAAAAGCUGCAGUCCACCUCAUCAAAAUGGCCGGAUUCCUACGUGGAAAGCAGACUGGUAUCCAGAACGAUUUAUCUGCUGGUAUUCUACCAGAAUUAUUCGCACCAGAUGACCAGGCGCGAUAUGGAAUCAACUCGCAGAUUGGGUCCUUAGCAUACGAUCCUGUACAAUCUCUCCUCGCGAUAGGCACGAACGAGUCGACUUUUGGAAGUGGACAAAUCUACGUCUUUGGCCAGAAGCGCGUACAAGUCAGCUUCACAUUACCCCGCCGAGCCUCUGUCAAGACCUUGCAGUUCUGUUCCGAUCGUCUUGUCAGUCUCGAUUCGAAGAACGAAAUAAUAAUAUGGGAUCUGGUACAUCAGAAGAAGCUGGCAGCAUACACGCCGCCUGGGAUAGUGACUACAUUGGUCACAGAUCCCAUGCUGGAUUGGGCGUUGAUUGGGCUACAAAACGGAGAGAUAAUCGCAUAUGACCUGGACAGGGAGAAGCUUGCCCCUCUACGACUGCCGAAUUUCUGGAGAGAAAGAAGUCCAAGAUCUAGGUUACUGUCUAUUGUGUCCAUGCAAUUGCACCCGCGAGAUAUUGGCCAGCUCUUGAUCGGAUACAAUGAGGGCGCUGUCAUAUACUCUUUCAAGCAGAAUAAACCCAUCAAGUACUUUCAGUAUGAAGUACCUGUAGGAGCGCCUGGUGGAAAUGCGGACCCUCUGUCACACAACACCGUACGAAAGCCACAGCUGGUACAUGUUUUCUGGCAUCCGACUGGAACAUUUGUAGGAACGGCAUACAAUGACGAAAGUCUCGUCUUCUGGGAUCCCAAGGACGGUCGAGUCAUCAUGGCUAGGACACUAUCUGACUCCCACGUCGACAAGCCUGGACAACAAUCUACUAGCUUUGGAAAUACACCUGGAACCUUUGCUAUAAAAGAGCCGUUCUCCAAAAUUGCUUGGUGUUGUAAGGCCAAUCCAGACGAUACCGGUAUUCUCAUCGCAGGAGGUAUGCCAAACACAGUGACGGAGAAGGGCCUUUCGUUUCUAGAACUGGGUCCGACACCUGUGUAUUCUACUUCUACAUGGCAAAUCCUUUCUACACACCUGGAAGCAAAGAAAAUACAUCUGCUGCCAACGCCUCCGGGGGCAGAAGUUGUUGACUUUUGUCUCAUACCCCGUACCUCGCCACAUUUUGCCGGCGCCCAAGAUCCUAUUGCUGUUAUUGCGCUUCUUUCCUCAGGAGAGCUCAUCACAUUAUCGUUCCCGAGCGGAUAUCCCAUAUCGCCUACCAAUCAAUUGCAUCCUUCCGUCUCUUUUGUCCAUCCUUUCGUUACUUCCAUGUCAAUGACCCCCGUCGAUCGCACAAGGUGGCUUGGUAUGGUUGAGAACCGUCAACAGGGUCCCUUACUCGUACGUGGUGGUGCAGAAGGUAUCAAAUAUCUGAGGCGAUACGAGGCGCGCAACAUCAUCCAGAUGGCACAUGGAGAUGGCACUGUUCGUAUAUGGGAUGCUGGUCACGAUGAUGAAGUUGAGAAUAGCAGUACGCUACAGGUAGAUAUUGCAAGAGCCCUUGACCGCUUUGACGAUGUCAACAUCACUUCGCUCAGCAUGGGAGCCAGUACAGGGGAGUUAGCCGUUGGUACUUCUGCUGGUGAGGUAGUGAUCUAUCGAUGGGGCGCCAACAAGCUUUUCGGGCGAGAUGCACCAAAUCCCACUCAAAUAAUUCCCGGCAGCAUUACAGACAUCUCUUCUCGAGCAGAGUCAUCGCUGAAGGAAGGUCUACAGCCGUUUGUCCUAUACGACAUGGCAAAAGGCCUCAUAACUGCAAUCAAAAUGUCUGAUGUUGGCUUCGUAGCUAUGGGUUCUGGAGGAGGUUUCUUGUCAAUCAUCGAUCUCCGCGGCCCUGCUGUUAUCUUCAGCGCCGCCAUGACGGACUUUGUCAAGUCAGACAAGCGAAGCAGUUUCAUGAAGAAAGGAAGCAGCCAAACCUCUGCUAAGCCUGACUGGGCAGUAGCCAUUGAAUUUGGGGUUAUGACCUUGGAAGGAGACAAUUACUCUAGUAUUGCUUGCUUUGUGGGAACAAACCUCGGAAAAGUUAUUACUUUCAAGAUCCUUCCGCAACAGGACGGACGGUACACUGCUCAGUUUGCAGGUGUAUCUGCUUUGGCGGACCGAAUCGUCUCAAUAUCGCCAAUUGUAGCAGAUACUGGAAGGCUAACCCCUGCGACCGGAGCCGCUGUUGGAGCUCUUCGAACUGGCCAACAGACUCAUGGCACGCUUGUAGUUGUCACGCAAACAGAAGUCCGCAUCUUCAAGCCAGCAACAGCCAAGGGAGCACACAAGACCUUCGACGACGUUUUCUGCGACGCCGCCAACGUGGUAGUGUUUGAAGAUCGCGGCCACGCCCUGGUAGGUGUUUUCGGCGACGGCACAACGAAGGCUUAUUCCUUGCCUGGCCUAAAAGAAAUCGGCGUAGCACCUCUCACAAUGCUUGACAAAACGAGGACCACCAACUCAAUUGUCACUUCUUCUGGCGAUAUCUUUGGCUGGACGGGGCCAUCAGAAAUAGCCAUGCUUAGCGUCUGGGGUACCGGCCACGGCCUCCCUAAAUCCAAUGAUAAGAUCUUCAACCCUGAAGCCUUGAUCCCACCUCGGCCGACAAUAUCCAAUCUUCAAUGGAUCGCAGGCACGCAAUACGUGAGUCCCACUGAUUUGGAUCUUCUCAUCGGCGGACCAGACCGCCCACCAAGUAAGCGCAUGAUGGCCGCCGCAGCAGCAGAAGAUAGAGCGCGCUCUGGAGGCCAGGGCUCAAGUCGUGCAGCACCUGGCACGGUAUCGACGGAGGGCUGGGGCGACUACAUGACUAGACAGCUGAAUGAGCGGACGGAGAAACUAAACAUCAUGGGUGAUAGCACGGAUAAGAUGUUAGAGAAUAGUCAGGGCUGGGCGGAUGAUGUGAAUAAGUAUGUUUCGAAGCAGAAGCGGAAUAUGGUUCUGGGUGGUAUUACUGGGAAGUGGUUUUAGAGAGCUUGAAGGAUUUUUUCUGGAGCUAUGGGCUAGGGAAUGGCGUUUGAUAUGAGGAACCGGCGUUUGGUGGGAAGAGAUACUGCCAUACUGGUAGUGCUCAUUCACGAAGGAGUUCCCCGUGCCUUAAUUAACAAAAUGAAGCCUGAAGGCGCUGAUUUCCGCUAGCCUGUCAUCGCUGUUUAAAUGACCUCUAAACCAACAAGUCGUACUGGGCAUGCUCUCAGUACACUGUAGUGUUCGAAUGCGGCUAGUCCAUUCGCACCACUGUGAAUCAGCCACGCUGCACGGGUGCGUAGGCAAGGUACCCACCAGGGCAGCUGGAUCAGCAGACUCAGGGGCUCGCGAAAAAUAGGCGAGGGUGGGGAAGAAGAGGGGAAGAACAAUCGGGUCACACAGGGACGGGAGCUAGAGAAGAGAGGCUUGCGAUCUAAAGUCCGUUGGUAUUCGGGCGAGAGAUUUUAUGGGCUUGAAGAGGGCGUGGUAUAUAAAGAAUGAUUUUCCUGUGCUGGAUUGGGGAUAUUACUUUGUGUUUGGGGUGUUAAUUUAAUUCAACACAGAUUCAAUUCUCGUUGACUUUUCCUGGGCUUGGAGUAAGAGACUUGAAGAAGGUUUUAUCUCGCUUUGACAUAUCUCGGUCUCGAUUAGGAUUCAACGUCAAAAUAAAUCUGUUACUACCUUACCUUUCGAGAUCACGAGGUAUUUACGAGACGAUGGCAACCUCUCGAAGGCCGACAUUUGUGUUUGUUCCAGGAGCAUGGCACAAACCAAGCUGCUGGUCAAAAGUAACCGCCCUGCUUAACACCCACGGCUACAAAUCCCUAACACCAACCCUCCCAUCCACACUCGGCGACGCAUCCGCCAUGUUCAAAGAUGAUCUACUUGCCGUCCGUGAGGCUAUCACGUCGGAGACCACGCAGGGAAGAGAUGUCGUGGUUGUCGUCUGGUCGUAUGGAAGUCUCCCCGGCGCGAGCGCCAUUAGAGGAUUGACCAAGAAACCAUCACAUCUAGAUGUCAGCAAAGGAG